CUGGCUGUUUGCAGAUGGAACGUUCGUUUGCGAGUGCUGGAUGUAUCGAAUUUCUUCUCGCCUUCAGUUCCACUGCAGGAGCGCCCUCGCCUACUCGCUAACACGUUCGCCAGAUCGGCAAACGAAUUCAACGAUUUGCAGGAGCUAAUUGUGCGCGGUAAUUCGCUCACCGAUGUAUGGCCCGAUACAUUUUGCAAGCUGAAUGGCUUAAUCCGUCUGGCAACUGUAGAUAUCUCCUCAAACCCAUUGAACUGUGACUGUGCUCUCGUGCCUGCUAUUAAGCAGCUAUCCAGGAGUCCUUCCUCAUCCCUCAAUCAGGGUCGUGCGAUCUGUGCUGCGCCGGAAUCACGCAGGGGUCAGAAUGUGUUUGAAAUUCCGGACUUUGAAUGCAAAAGCAACUACCGAUUGGUGUAUCUGGCACUGCUCGUGGUAGCACUCUGCAUCGCUGCUAUUUUCUUCCGUACGUACCGUGGUCGCGUAAAAAUGCGACGUAUGCCGCUUGUCGCUGGCUAUAGCAAAUUAAUCGGUGAUAAUGAGCAGCCCGUAGGGCCACAGUUCGUAUAGAC